AUGUCAAAAAUCUGUCAUCACAAUGAAAAACCAAGUGCGACCGGUUUGUUCACCGAAGGACAAAAUUUGGUCGCAGGUGGACAAACUUCAAAGAUGCCGUCGACUACCUCUGGAGCAGGCCAAAUUGAGACAAAUUUUGGAAAACAAUAGCGAGGGUGUUUUAAUUCGGAAAUGAUUUGACAGGUGAUAUAUAGCAGAGUCUCUAUGCUAUAGACUUCGCGGCAAAAUUGGUCACGCUCUCAUUUCGCAACAACAUGAAUCCAGGCACAGGCAACCAAUACUUUCCGUAUGAAAUGGGGCAACAAUAUCCUCAAUAUCCACCAGGAUGGAUAUAUCCAUUGCCUAGCACUUACAAUUUUAAUGAUCGAGGAACUGCAAGCCCAUCUCCUUCAACCGCAAGUUCUGGCUCAUUGUCAGAAUCCUUUCCAUUCGUCGAAGACGGCUCAAUGCCGGAAUCAUCCCAAACUUCUUCGCACCGUACAUCUUCCGAGAACAAGAAGGCCCAGGAACGAUGGACUAAAGAUGAGGAAAAACUGUUAGUCCAACUAUGGGCUGAAAAACACGAUCAGUUGGAAAGCAGAGAGUGCAGGAAAACGUGGGCCUAG